AUGAUUGUUUAUGGUUUUCCAAAAAAUGCAAUAUUAGAAAACGAAACUGAAGUCUCAACAAAUGCACAUGAUCCACAGCCAUCGUCAGUCUCAAUAAAUGACUCACAAGAGCCGACAACCAGUACUGCACAAAAUAUUGAAGAUUCACAGUCAGCGCCAAUUCAGAUAGCUCCAACAUUAAAAGGCAAGGGAAAAGGAAAGACAUCCAAAAAUAAGAAUUUACAGAUUCUUGCUUCGGCUGUUAAUGAAGUACGCAAAGUGCACGAUAGUUUACGCAGUAGUAACGACAUAAUUACAACUCCCGUUGGAGCUCAAAGCGCCAACAGUGCGUUUGGCUCAUAUGUCGCUUUAAUGUUGGACAAAAUGUCAUUCGAACAAUCUUUACUGGCACAAAGUGAAAUACAAGCAAUUUUGGUCCGGUUUUUAAUACCGCCUUCGACCUCAAACACAUCUAACGCAAGUACACCCUCAGUUAUGACUCCCCGACCGCAACGCGAACAGCAUAAUGUUUACGUACCGGAAACCCAAGAUGCUUCUCAGUUAGUCUUGCAGAAUGAUGUAGUUUAUAUACAAGAAACUCAAGAUCCUUCUCAAUCAAUCUUGCAAACUGAUGGCAAUGUUGAAACUCAAGAUGUUUCACAAUUUUACUUACAAAGUGAAGUUGAUGAUCAAGAAACCCAAGAAGCAACUCAAUCAAUCUUAUCCCAAGCUUGGAAUUCUAAAAAUAUUUAG